AAGACUUGUCAAAUGUUUGGAGUUGAAGGCUAAAGUUAAAUCUUGAUUGUUUUCACCUAGGAGAGCAAAUACAUUUAUGGGUCACUCAUCAUCAGAGCAGAGGCUGUGUAGUGUGAGAUUUAUUUUGGUUGUGUUGGGUUUGUGUUUGGUUCUUUACAUUGUGAGACCACCAAGGCUGUGGCACAACUCUACUCUUUUGGCUUCAUGUCCUCCUUGUUCUUGUGAUUGCUCUCGGGAUUCUAUCCUCUCUCUGCCUUUAGAUGUCAUCAACAAUUCAUUGGAAGACUGUGGUAAAGAUGAUCGUGAUAUGAAUGACGAGAUGAAGAAGGACAUUAUUAGUCUAUUGUCAGGGGAAAUUAACUUGCACAAAAAUGUCACUGAUGACAAUCUGGAACACACCAAUGCUCUAAUUAUGAGUGCCAAGAGAGCAUCUUCACAUUACCAAAAAGAGACGGAGAAAUGCAACAUGGGGAUGGAAGCAUGCGAGGGUGCUCGGGAAAUGGCGGAAGCUGCAUUGAUUCAAGAGCGCAAGCUCUCGGCAUUGUGGGAGAUAAGAGCCAUUGAGCUGGGAUGGAAAGACAAGUGAAGACAGACUUUAUUCAAGGAAAUUAACCAUUCAAACAUUUUUGGCAUAUGCGUGGAUAUGCACCCUAUUGACUAAAUUACCCCUCAUGUGAAUACGGUUGCUGUUUUUGCCAAUUAGGUUUCAUUCUUUGUACUUGAGAUUGUAUUUCCGGUUAAUUGGUCUUCAUUCUUUGUUUUGUGGUGUCA